AUGAGCGCUGAGCUCGACACCUUUCCCAAGCUGCUGCUGCACCAUGCCGAGGUCCGGCCGAAGGCGCCGGCGAUGCGCGAGAAGGACUACGGCAUCUGGUUGACCAGUAGCUGGGGGGCGGCGCGCGCCGAGAUCGAGGCGCUGGCCUGCGGUCUGCACCAGCGCGGCUUCCGGCGCGGCGACCGCCUGGCGAUCGUCGGCGACAACCGGCCGCGGCUCUAUUGGGCGAUGUGCGCCGCCCAGGCGCUCGGCGGCGUGCCGGACUUCCUGCACCACUACGAGGCGCUGGUCGCCGAGGGGCGCGACUUCGCGCGCCGGCACCCGCAGUUCUUCGCCGACGAGGUCGCCAAGGGGCGCGGCGGCGACGUCUCGAUCAUGUGCUACACCUCGGGCACCACGGGCAAUCCCAAGGGCGUGGUGCUGACCUUCGACAACGUGCUGCAGUCGGCGCGCAACGGCGCCGAGUUCGAGGGGCUGAGCGACAAAGAGGACAUGCUCGCCUACCUGCCCAUGGCCUGGGUGGGCGACCACAUCUUCUCCUACGCCCAGAGCUACGCCGUGGGCUUUUGCGUCUCCUGCCCGGAAUCCGGCGCCACGGUGAUGCAGGACCUGCGCGAGCUGGGGCCGACCUACUUCUUCGACGCCAGCGCGAUCAAGCGCCGGGCUUUCCACUAUUUCAUGGGGGUGGCGCGGCGCGCCGGCAUCCGCAUCCUCAAUGGCCAGCCGGUGCCGCUCGGCGACCGGCUGCUCUAUGCGCUGGGCGAGCUCCUGGUCUACGGGCCGCUGAAGAACACCCUCGGCCUGACCCGGGUGCGUCUGGCCUACACCGCCGGCGAGGCGAUCGGCCCCGACAUCUUCGACUUCUACCGCUCGCUGGGCGUCAACCUGAAGCAGCUCUACGGCUCCACCGAGGCCAGCGUCUUCGUCACGAUCCAGCCGGACGGCGAGAUCUACGCCGACACGGUGGGCAAGCCGGCGCCCGGCGUGGAG